AUUUUAUCUUCUUUAUCCUGUCCGGUUUUUAAAUAUGGAGUAUAUGCUCGUAACCCGAAGGAAUUUUGUCCGUCUUUUGUAGCAUUAAAAUGAACAUACAUAUAUCUAAAGGCUGGAAACUUUCUCGUGUCUUCUAAACAAUUGGAUUACUGAUUCAAAAAUAAGCUCGUAUUUAAAUUGUCCCUCGUUUUUUUUCGACUUUAAUUUUCUGAGGAAAACGACCAGCUGUAAGAGAGCCAAUUCAGUCAAAAUUAUUGGACCUUUUCUAUAUUUAUCAAAUUUGGUUAUUCUCUUAAUAGUAUUGUUUCAUGGAAUCUGAUUGAGGAAUGAGAGCUCUUGCUCUUUUCGUUUCUGUGCUGCCCACCCUUCUCUCCUUCUCGUAAUACUGCUUCCUAUAUUUCUGGCGUUAAAAGUGCUUGCCUUGUUAUUACUAAAGAGUUAAUUAAAUUAUUAUAUUUUUUAUACAUAUUAAAGCAGAUUAUGUCGGAACCGUCGAAAGAAGUAGUCGAAAUUCGUCCGGCAAGUACUGAAGAAGACUGGAAAGCUGUCAAAGCCAUUGCGGUCAAUGGUAUUACCGGACAAUCGAAGAAUCUUUCUCAACAGGUCUUUUGGCAUCCUAUCUACUUGGCCGCGUGCGGAUUCGUUUUUUUAGGCGUACAUCGCCUGGCCAAUAUGACAGAAGGAAACACUUUUCUAAGGACAAUCUUAUUAGGAGUAUUUGUGAGUGCUUCUUUUUUAACCGUCAUGGAAAUUCCUUGUCGCAAACUAUUUUCUUCACUUGCUGAUGAAAUGGUCGAAGAUACCGGUAAUUUGCGCGAUGAAAACCUAAAGCAUUUCUAUUUAGCAUACCUCAACAAAGAUCGAUUGAUUGGAAUCAUUGGUCUUCUUCCUCCAGAUGCAGUUGGUGCUUAUAACCAUACUCCGACCAUUGUUCAUUGGAAUGUGAUUCCCAAGUUUUACAAAUUUGCUUACGACUUGUUAGACGUGGCUUUAAACGAUGCGAAAAAAUUGAAUCAAAAUAAGGUUUCAGCAAAAGUAUUUACCACCGAUAAAUGGAUUCUACAAAGUCUCAAGUCCGAUGGUUUUGAACCCGUUGUCGAUGAGGCAUUUGACUAUUUAUCGUUUUUUGGUUUGCGACAUGUCAUAUUACAAACUUCAUUAAAAGAUCGUCUUAAAAGGAAUCAAACAUCGAGAAACUGAAAAAAAAGAGGGUGCUUGGUUUUUUCCGUUUGUUUCCUCUUGUGUUUAUGAGCGACAUACCUCUAAUUAUAAAUUUGAAGAAAGUAAAAGUAAAUAAGAAAUUAUAUGAAAUAUUUUUUAGCAGUAUAGCUUUUAAGAAGCUGUUCUUAGUCACUUUUACUGCGUUUAGCCUGAUGGUUUGGAAUUUCUAUGUGACAGUUAUAAACGGAUAUUCAUUUGCAUAUCAUACGAGAUACUUCUACUUAGUUUAGCUUACAUAGACAAUUGUUCGUAUUGAUAGUCCAGCUUUGCGAAACUAUAACUGCUUGCUUUUAGUUGAGGUAUUAUGACAUUUCAUUUUUCAUUUUCUGAACUGCUAAGCUGCAAAGAAGUAUGAGAAAAUAAUAUUUAGUUUAGUUCUAUUCAAUCUACUACUUCAC